CAGUCCUCUGCAGCAGUUUACUACGCAUGCUUAUUACUACACUCGAAACCACGUUAUCAUUUGCUCGUUUUCUGCUUAAAUUUCAAACCCACGUUUAGCAGAAAGAAUGCCACCAAAGGGAAAAGGUGGAAAGGGUGGUAAAGGAGCUGCUUCAGGAAGUUCAGACGCUGACAAAAAGGAAAAAACGCCUAAAGGAGGCACAGCUGUUAAGGUUCGGCACAUUCUCUGUGAAAAGCAUGGGAAAUGCAUGGAGGCCAUGGAGAAAUUGAAAGCUGGAGUUCGUUUCAGUGAAGUAGCAACACAAUACAGUGAAGACAAAGCAAGACAAGGAGGUGAUUUGGGUUGGAUGACGCGAGGGUCCAUGGUCGGUCCGUUCCAGGAGGCAGCGUUUGCUCUACCUGUCAGUUCGAUGGAUAAACCCGUCUACACAGACCCACCUGUCAAGACGAAGUUUGGAUAUCAUAUCAUUAUGGUUGAGGGGAAAAAAUAGAACAGACUUGCUCUUUUGGAAUAAAUAUCACAAUUGUGCAGAAACACUGAAGAGGGGAAAACAAUAUUGUCCAGUUAAUAGAUUGAAAUGUUCUCUUCUACUCUAGGCCUGUUUUUUCAAAAUACACUUUUUCAUUUGUUGUUUUUAGACUUGACUUUAAGACUUCUGCAAUGCAAAUGCCAACACAAGCGAAUUAAUAAAUUUCAUUUAUGUUGUGUUAAA